CGGUGGCUAGGAUCGGCCGUUUUAAAUAUUUCGCGAAAAGAUCGCGUUCAGGCCCUUCUAUCAAGAAGUGACGCGUUAGAGGAUAGGAUGAAAGAUUUAUAUAAAUCGUAUCAGGCAUUACUUGAAUUGGGUUUGGAACCGGAGGUGAUGGACAAGGUUUGUGCAGACAUGGAUCAGGCUGAGGAUUUGGCUGAUCAAAUCAGGGAAGCCGUUGGUAUUAUUAAAUUAAAUUCGGCUACUCAGUCAAAUAACCUUCAAUCGAAGGAUAGUUUAACUUUUUCAAGUGGUAUUAUAGGUAGGUUACCCAAAUUAGAUUUGCCCCAUUUUAGUGGCGACUUAAGCCAAUGGGUGGCGUUUAUACAUUUAUUCGAUAGUUUAGUGCACUCAAGGGGUGAUUUAACAUCUGCGCAAAAGUUGGCAUAUUUGUUGGCUAGUCUCACCGGGGAGGCUAAAGGGUUAGUCCAACAUUUAGCACUUGUGGACAACAAUUAUGAUAUAGCCAGAGAUUUACUAAUGAGGCGGUAUCAAAAUAUACGUAGGCUAGCGGAUAGCCACGUAAAUGUCAUUUUAAAUUUACAUAGUAAUGUGCAGAGCCACAACUUAAGAAUUCAAGUUUUAAAUCCUUUAUUAGUGGCAAUUAAUGGCUUAAGGGGUUUAAAUUUGCCUGUAGAUAGUUGGUCUUUUAUUUUGUUGCAUAUUACAUUACAAAAACUAAAUUUAGAUAUGCGCACCCGAUUUGAACAGGCGUAUGGUGGAGAUUCAACCACUCAUCUUCCCACGUUUGAUGAAUUGAUCUUGUUUUUAGAGGAUGAGUGUCGCAGACAGGAUAAUGUUCCAGCGCCGUCCACGACGCCGGCCCCAAUUUCUACUAGGCCGCGACAACAGCAUAUGCGCUUAAUGCGACGCCCUGACCAGCGAGUUUAUAACGUGGCAACUCAACAUUCAGGCAAAUGUUGUGUUUAUUGUCGAGUCCCUGAUCACACCGUAGUGUCAUGUCAAAAGUUUUUAGCAUUACGUUUUCAAGCACGGCGAAAUAUUGCCCGACAGCGGAAGUGGUGUUAUGGUUGUUUAGGUAAGCACCUGGCAUCACAAUGCCAAGUGUCACGACCAUGCAAACAAUGUAAUGGCAAUCAUCACAUUAUACUUUGUGGUAAUAUGAAUGGUUCACCCCAAUCAGCUGCACCGGCACGGGAGUUUGUUGAAGAUAUGCAAAAUACAGGUGAUCAGUGGAAUGGUGGUGUGAAGGUUAGACACUGUAGUUUUGGUCAUGCUUCCAGGCACCGUACAGGAUCAGGUUAUUAUGAUUAUCAUCGGAGGCAGCCACCACCCUGCAGGGGCGGGGGAAACUUAAGGUCUCAUGACAGGACUCGUGUCACCUCUGAUCAGCAACAACUUCCUAAGAGCAAAGAUAAUUAUGACUCUUGUGCAUUACCUGCUAUUGAACAGCAACGUCGUGAUUUUGUUAGGCCUUUGCCCUUUUCUGAGUGGCCUCGUUUAGGCCAGCGGGUCCCUGAACCAGAAGGAUAUUGACUAGGUCACGUCCCUACUAGAACUCCUACAUCUCCUAUUACUGUUUUGUUACCCACCGCACAGAUUUGUGUUGGUUCUCCAUCAGGUGAGCAGGUAACCACGCGUGCGAUUUUGGAUUCUGGAGCACAGGGAAGUUUGGUGUCAAUGGAUUUGGUGGAUAGGUUACAGUUGCGUAUUUUCCCUGCUAGCGGGAGUAUAUUUGGUAUAGGUGGCUCUAAGGUUGCUGGUUUGCGGGGACAAGUUACACUUACUUUUUCUCCUGUUCAAUGCUCUCAGCCACAGAUUACAAUUUCUGCCAUAAUUUUAGAUAAUGUUAUGGGCAGACACCCACUUGUUAAAUUACCAUCGGAGAUAUUAGAUUUUACACGUAGUCUAAACUUAGCGGAUUGUACAUUUCAUAUUCCAGGUCAAAUCGAUUUGCUACUCGGAGCAGAAGUUUUGGGAAUGCUGCGGCUAAGUAAAAGCACACUUUUACAACCAGCGGGUUUAGUAGCAGUCACAACUGAUUUUGGUGAUGUCAUUAUGGGUCCUGUGUUUCCAAUAGAAUCUCUUAGCGUUGAAGAUGGUAACUUGUGUGUGGGACUCUCACUUGCUGAAUCCAUUCAACGGUUU